AUGGGUGAGUUUGAGAAAGGCAGGAAGAUUUUUGUUCAGAAGUGUGCCCAGUGCCACACCAUUGAAAAGGGAGGCAAGCACAAGACUGGGCUUAAUCUCCGUGGUCUGUUUGGUUGGAAGACUGGUCAAGCAGCUGGAGUCACUUACACAGAUGCCAACAAGAACAAAGGAAUCACCUGGGGAGAGGAUACACUGAUGGAGUAUUUGGAGAACCCCAAAAAGUACAUCCCUGGAACAAAAAUGAUCUUCGCUGGCAUUCAGAAGAAGGGAGAAUGGGCAGAUUUGAUAGCUUAUCUCAGAAAAGCUACAAAUGAGUAAUAGCCACUGCCUUAGUUAUUUA